AUGGUAGCCACUGACACCAAGGCCAUGCCGACAUUCACUUUUGAGUUAGGAUCGCCAUUGCUUUCUCUUCACAUGAAGCAACAAAACAAUAGCCAGAAUCAUGGCACCACUGUCUGGGAUUCCGCCAAAGUGUUGGCAUGGUACCUUGCUGACACCUUGAAGAAACCGACAUUCACCGUCAAGGACAAUUGCUUGCAGAUACAAUCCAAUAAAACCUGUUUAGAGUUGGGCAGCGGGUGUGGACUGGGCGGCUUGGUGGCCGCCGCACUCGGUUUGGACACCGUCGUGACCGAUUUACCCAACGUAGUCGACAACGUCUUGCGCACCAACUGUGACGAAAACAUGUGGCACAUUAGCGGGUGGUGGCACGAUCUUCAGCAAGCUCAGCAUUAUCAAGCUUCUCUGCCGCAGCCUCGGUUGCGUGUAGAGUAUCUUGACUGGUUUCGGCUGCUGGAAUCCUCCAACAACGAGACGUCCACCAAAAGGUACGGCAGCUGGAUCCAAUCGCCAUACAAUUACAUUCUUGCUGCCGAUUGUGUCUACGAAAACGAACUGGUGCGACCGUUGUUGAUGUGUAUUUGGCAAUUGGCCAGUCCCACCACCAUUAUAUUGAUCGCCAUGGAACGUCGAGAUGAUAUUGUCGUGAAUAACUUUGUCCAACACGCGAAGUCGCUUGGCUUCGAAACCCGCAUGAUCCCGAAAAAAUCGCUCCGGUGCAAAGCCGUGGGCAAUGAUGAUGUCGAAAUAUGGAAAUUGAAGAAGAAGCGAACGGAUCCCACCGUUUAA